AAUUACUACGAUAUGGCGGCUAAGGAUAAAUUUUAUCGUAUCCUUUACUAAAAUAAGAUAUAAAACGUGCCAGUUUGAAUAUGCAGACUCCUCAAAAAUUAAAGUCCCAAAAACCAUCAAACAUCACGAAAAUCCAUUCUGAACAAUUAUCAAAGCUCAAGCAAAAACAUCACCACGAAUAUGAUCUUCUAGAGGACAUUCGAUCAUUCAGCAAACAAAGGUCGAUAAUAGAAAAGGAGUAUGCUCAGGCUCUGACUAAAUUGGCUCAUGGUUAUCUCCAAAAAUCAAAAUUUCCACCGCCUCCAGAUAUAAAAGAAAAUCCUGAGUUCAGGAAAGGACGAACUAUAUCUCAAGUAUGGAAAACGGUGCUAGAAGUUACGGAAGCUGUUGGAAAGACGAGGCAACAGGCUGCCGAAUCCUAUUUAAAUCAGGUUUCCGAACCGAUUAAACCUAUCAAGACAGCUAAAGCGCAUACGGCAAAGAAGGUUCUUGACCAGUUGGCAACUCUACAAAAAGAAUUACAAGGAACUGUAGGUGAAUUGAGCAAGAGUCACAAGUCUUAUAGUGAUGAAGAGCAUUUGGCUCACGACGCUAGAACAAAAUAUGAAGAGGCCAAUAGAAAAGUACAGAAGAGAUCGACUGGUCUAUUUACGUCGAUGGCGCAACUUCAACAAAAAAGUGCCAAGCUAAAUGCUCGGAGGGAAACUUGCGAUCAAAAGGCAAACAUUGUUCGAAAUGACUAUAUAUUGAAUAUAGCUGCUUCAAAUGCUCACCAAAAGCGUUACUUUUACGUUGAAUUACCGCAAUUAAUGCAAGAAUUGGAUGGAGAAGUUUAUGAUAAAGCUCGCGAAUUCAUGACUAUUAUUUCGAUGUCUGAAUUAGAAUGCUGCGGCCUUACUCAGGAAUGUUUCACCAAGAUAAUGGCUGACUCCUGCAUGAUUAGUAGAGACUUUAAUCUCAAUUGUUUCCUGCACGAAAAUCCAACCUAUCAAGAGUCUAUUGUUUACCCAUUCGACGCCCAAGACGGAGAUAAAAUUACCCAUAUAGUUACUGAACAAACGUCUCUUUAUGACCUUGAAAAAGAUGGGAAAAAUGCCGCCUUACUAGUCGCUCAAUCGGAUAGAACUAUUCGAGAACAAGAACAACUACUCGAGCAACUAAAGCAUUUACCUCCAGUUGAUCCGAAAAAGUUUGAUCAUAAAAAGAGCGAAAAGAAAAAGGAUAAGAAAAAGGAGGAAAGAGAGGAUAAAGAGAAUGAUGAAGACCUCGAUCCGGAAACGAGGAUGGAUUAUUGUAGAAAUAAUAUCCGUAAAGCCCAAACAAAUAAGUUGAAAGCGGAAGCGAAAUUAGAAUUGUUGAGAGAUGCUGGAAUUUCAGUGGAUGACUAUAUCGCAAAGGCUCAAGCCGACAUAGAAUCAGCUGAGAGGGAAGCUCGUGAAAGAGCAGCUGCAGCCGAGACUGUUUCUCGUUUGAAUAGUGUAAGGUCUGAUAAAGAGAGUAUAUGUGAAGAUUCUACCGCCUCUUAUACUGAAGACUGCACGACUGACUAUUCCAAUGCCCGUGCCUCAGUUUCUAGUCAAUUUCAUCCUGGAAGAAGUUAUCCACUAACUGCCGUAGCUUUGUACAAUUUUGCAGCUUCGACUCCUGAUGAAUUGUCUAUGCAGCAGGGGGAAACUCUGGAGAUAACUGCGGAUGGGGAUGGAGAAGGGUGGGUCAAGGCUAGAAAUUACGAGAAUAAAAUUGGCUUUGUGCCAGAGAAUCAUUUGGAUAUUCACGGACAAGAGCCUCAAUCAGCGUCAAGUUACGACAAUACUUCUGGAUCACAUUGCGAUGACUACUCUAGUCCACCAGGAAGUGCUACUCGGCAAGGUUAUGCAGCAGAUGAGACUCCUUAUUCACCGUACGUUGAUCAGGAUAGUAAUACAUGGGCAAGGGUAUUAUAUGACUACGAAGCGGUCAGCUCAGAAGAACUAACUUUAAAGGAAGGCGAUAUCGUUCAGAUAACGAGCAAGCAACCAAGAGGACUAGAAGAUGGAUGGUGGCUCGGGGUCAUUAACGAUAGAAGUGGUAUGGUGCCAUCGAUGAUAAUGGCCGAACUAUCUUCUGACGAAUUAUUGGUCUACGCCGAGGUGUCAAUGGCAUCCAAAUUAGAAAGACAGCCAUCGAACGAUAUGCCACCAGUUCAUAGUGCAUACGAAAAUCUAGGUCAGUAAUUUUUAUUGAUUUGCAUUUAAUUAAGGAAAUGUACCUUUUGGUGUCAUUAACAAUUUAAGCACCUUAUGUAUACAGUAUAUAAUUAUGUGUAUUGAUUAGGUAUUCAUGUAUUAAUAUCGUCUUUAGUGACGUUUUAUUACUUUAAUAUUGUUGUGCACCAAUUAUGAAUAUUUUUUGAUGGGGUGGGGAGCAGAAAGUGAAUCUACCGAAGAGAAUCCAAUGUUGCCGGAAGUUAGCGACGAUUCAGGUGAAAGAGCUAAGUUCAUUUACGUAACUAAUAAUCUAAUAUUUAGUUAAAACAGAACACAAAAUUUAGUUUUCUAAUUAUUUUCACUUAAAAAUAGUUAAACUAUACAAAAUUUAAGAUUAUAUUAUAAUCAAAGCAAAGAAAAUCUUUCACACAUUUCUUCCUCCCUCAUUUAUAUUUCCUACCCCCAAAUACUAAAAUCAAUUUCUUGAUGUUAAUGUUGAGCAUCGUUUCGUAUCGUAAUAGUAUGCAUUUUUUUUCUUUUGUGAUGUGCGGUUAGGUGUUGCGACCACGAACGGUUUAAGCAAUUUGGAAUCUCCUUCUGUGGUUAACGAACCGACACAGGUUAGUUAAUUAACUAAACAAAUCAAAGUAAGUUAAAGAAGACAACCGAAGUUAGAAUUUAAAGAGAAAAUGAAUACAAAUAACAUAAAUAAUCAGCUUUUAUAUCAAUUUUUUAAAUAUAUACAUUAAUAUCUUUUCUAUAUUAUUAUUAUAUAUAUAUAUUCAUAUCCAUAUAUUUUGUUUCUUGACCAAUAUUUCUUUCAUUUUUUUCUCCUCCCUUAAUAAUUGGAAACUGUAUAGGCCGACCUGAGAUGAGAAGAGUAAGUAGCAAUUUUCAACAAAUUUUCCUUUACUACUAAUAAUAAAAUAAUGAAACAGAAAGCCCAUUCUAUGUCUAGAAAAUUAUGGAAAAAAGGAUCUAGAAAAAUUCGACUCUACCAAUCGUUUUCUUAAAUAAAACAAACAACAAAAAACAAGCAAAACAAACAAAUAGACAAAUCAAAUCUUCAGACUGCAGAAACACUACACAAAAAAUAAAUGAUAAUUACAAUAAUUCACCGUUACUAGUGCCGUAAAAAAAAGAAAAAAUCAAAACAAAACAAAAUGGAAAAUUAUGACGUAAUUCUAUUAUCAUCGAAAUUAGAGUAAAUUUUAAAAUUCAAAAAGUCUUAGAUUUAGUUGUGUUAGUUGUAGAAAGAAACAUAAUAAUAAUAAUAAUAAUAAUAAUUAAAAUGCACAUAUUUCUGAUUUAUAUAUUUAAUGAAAAAUAUCUACAAUACUUAUUAAAUUAUAUGAAUUAUAAUAAUUUAAUAAAUAUUAAAAUAUGCUUAUGUUACGUCAUGUUUGUUUAUUUAUUUAUUUAAAUAUUGUAUGUACUUUGAAAAACAAUAAGGAACAAAUUUUUCUUGUUUCCUUUUCUGCAUAAUUUCGUAGCAAUAACGUGCAAAUAUCUAUGCACCUCGUGUAAUAAAAACAAUAUUGUAUAUAAAUAAAGUUAUAUCUGUGUGUUAUACCGUAUUCGUAUAGCAUUUAGAAUAUAUCUAUAUGUAAAACAUAAUGUAUACUGUAUGUAAUACUUAUAGAUAUUGAAUACACAUUUAAAGAAAUUAAUUAAAAAGUUAUUCUACGCAUUUAUAUUAAAAAAAAUAUGAAAUAGAGCAGUAGAUUUACUUCGUAUAUAGUAUCCCAUUAAAGUUGAACUGACUGUAGAAAGGCCCCAUUUCUUUCUUAUUUUUUUCAUUAUACUCUUGAAUUGGGUAGGUGAAAUUUUAGUUGAAUAUAAAAUGUACAAUCUUUGAAUAUAUUUCAAUGUGCUUUCUCC